UCUUAUUCUUGUUUAAAGUGUACAUUUUGCGUUAAUUUCUCCGAUCAAUCGCGGCUUUCAUGUAUCAUCAUCCUUCUGAUGUCAGUCACCACCCCCUUGUCAAAGUGCGAACAAUGGGGGUCUCAUGGGCGCAUUUAAGGACGAGCCGCUGUCAAAGCAGAGUCAUCUCAGCCCGAGAACAGCAGCUCAGAGUCAGAACCUCUCCAGCAUCUUCACGUGGAAGAUGUCGUCAAUCCGUGCCGCGUGCUUCCUUUUCGCAGCACUUUUCGCAAUGGUGAGGGGUUUCACCCACGAAGACAUGAAAGACGCUCUGCUGAAGACACUGGGACUUAGUGAAGUUCCGAGAAUUCACAAGCGGGAUCUGGAGAACCUUGUGAUUCCAACGCACAUUAAGAACAAAUAUAUUUCAAUGCUGAAACUGCACCACGCAAGAAGACGCCGCUCGCUUCCCAGUUUAGCCGGCAUACUGAGGGGAAUCCCUGGCAAUGCAGACAUCUCUGGUGAAUUUGUAUAUUCUGACACGACACGUCAACGCGUGAUGUUUGAGAUGACAUCAAGGAUUCCGGAGAACAGUGAAGUGACCAUGGCAGAACUGAAACUGUUCAAGAAAGCCCCACACAAGCGCUCCAUACCAGAGAGAAAGGGCCACAGACCCGUCAACAACGCCCGGGUGAGCAUCUACUGGGUGGAACCUCUGGAAGACGGGUCGAACCGAACAUCACUAGUGGAUUCCAGGUUGAUUCCCAUUCACGAAACCGGCUGGAAGAGCUUUGAUGUGACCCAGGCGGUGCACUAUUGGUCGAAGAGGCGAAUGGAGAUGCCCAUGCACCUGGAGGUGUGGAUCGAGGGCGAGAGACCCGGCAGUUACGCGGCAGAAAUGGCCAAGUGUGUCCGUUUCACUACUCAAGGUCCAAACGACAACACUCUGGGAAAACCUGAGCUUGUUCUUUACACCCUCAACCUCGAGGAGUUUGGAUCUAGCGGAGACUGUGAAACCAACAAAGACAGUGACAUGUGCUGCAGGGAAAAAUACUUCAUCAAUUUCCGAGCCUUGACUUGGACCCAGUACUGGAUCAUCGAACCAUCCGGGUAUCAGGCGUUCCGGUGUAACGGCGGCUGCCGGCAGCCCAAGCGCAACUACGGUUACGGAGAGAGGAAGUGCGCGGUUGUAGAGAGCGCGCCGCUACCGAUGAUGUAUUUAGUGAAAAAGGGAGAUUAUACUGAAAUAGAGGUAGCCGAAUUCCCAAAUAUGAUUGUAGAAAAGUGUGGAUGCGCAAUGGAUAAUAUUUCAGUUGUAUGAACAUGGUAUUUGCCAUUGACCACAUGACAAAAUGUACUUAAAAGCUAUUAGGAUAAAAAAGGGUGUUGGCAACUUAAGCCUUAUUGAGACUAUAGCUCAAGCACUUUGUAUAAAUGUGUAAAUAUUGCUAAAUUGAUAUGCAUUUAUUUUUGCAUUUUUAUAUGAUGCCUUAUGAAGUGAAAAAGAUUGAUUUGUAGAUGUUAUAUUUUCAGCAGUAAAUAGAAUGGGUUUGUUGCAUAUGUCAACCUGGGAUUGAAUAUAAAUUAAACUAUUUUUCAUUGAAACUUU